GCGGCCUCCCUGCCUCCCGCCUGUCUCUCUGCCUGUACCGCCGGCCCGGUUCUGGGAAAAUGGCCACUCCGAACAGGCCGUGGAUGGGGCUGCUCCUGCUGGGGGUCCUGGGGAUCCUGCAGACCCCAGCCCCCACCGAGGCCGCCCUGCAGCCCAACUUCGAAGAGGACAAGUUCCUGGGACGCUGGUUCACCUCCGGCCUUGCCUCCAACUCGAGCUGGUUCCUGGAGAAGAAGAAGGCGCUGUCCAUGUGCAAGUCUGAGGUGGCCCCUGCGGCGGAUGGCGGCCUCAACCUCACCUCUACCUUCCUCAGGAAAGACCAGUGUGAGACCCGGACCUUACUGCUGCGGCCGGCCGGCCCCCCAGGCUGCUACAGCUACACCAGCCCUCACUGGAGCAGCACCCACGAGGUGUCGGUGGCGGAGACGGACUACGAGACGUACGCCCUGCUCUACACCGAGAGUGUCCGGGGCCCGGGGCCGGGCUCCCUCAUGGCCACGCUCUACAGCCGCACCCAGACCCCCAGAGCCGAAGUCAAGGAAAAGUUCACCACCUUCGCCAGGAGCCUGGGCUUCACAGAGGAAGGCAUUGUGUUCCUGCCCAAGACUGACAAGUGCUUGGAGGUGCACACAUAGGUGAGUCCGGCUCUCAGGACCUGGCCCUUCUGCCCUGCUCAGCCGUUUCCUGCAACACCCGAGACCCCAGCCUCAGCCCCUCGCUAUCCCUACCCGCCUCAGCCUUUAUUCCCGCUCUGAAAAUAAACUCUGAAGCAAGU